AUGCCUAGGAAACUCAAGGUGAAGCUAUACAACCCUAUAAUACAACCUGUGUUGCUAUAUUGGGCAGAGGUAUGGACAAUGGGAAAGAAGGAGGAGAGGAUACUGGAGGCGACAGAAAUGAGGAUGUCGAGAAGAAUCAAAGGCGUCACGCUGAGAGAAAGGGAAAGAAGUACUGACAUCAGGAGAGAAUUGGAAGUGAGUGACAUCAGCGAGAAGGUCAAGGAGAUAAGAAUGAGAUGGUACGGACAUGUGAAGAGGAGAGAAGAAGGCUAUGGAAGGUAUAGUAACAGGAAGAAGUCCGAGAGGAAGACCAACGAAGAGAUGAAGAGAUAA